AUGGUUUGCGGCGACGAAAAGGUGGUCGUUGGGCAUGAUAUUCAAUCAUGUACCAGCGUUGUCACACCAGUAGAAAUCGACGUCAAUCCGUUCCUACAUCAGUUUCCUUGGCUAAAAAAUCGAACAUUAUUGUUGGUUGACACUCCAGGCUUCGAUGACACCUACCUAGGAGAUAUGGAGAUUCUUACCAUUAUUGCGGAUUGGCUAAAAUCUGCCUACAAAGACCACGUCCUUGGAGGUGUCCUAUACCUCUACGAUGUGACUAAUGAUCGAUAUACAGGCAGUGCGCGGAAAAACUUGGACAUUUUUCGUGGUAUUUGCGGACAAGACGCCUUUGAUAUCGUUGUGCUUGGGGCUUCGAAGGGGGGUAGAAUCUCUCCAGAACUGGGACAACAACGUUUAAAAGCGUUGAAGGACACUCAUUGGAAAGAAUUCAUUUCCGAAGGCGCAGAAAUUGUAACCAUUGACGACACUAGGCAAUCUGCUAAAAAUGCAGUCGCUCAGGUCCUUCACAGCUUCACCAAGAAAAGGGAGGAGUCGAAAAAGCAGGCCGCUAUCAAGACACCAGCCGUUACGCGGAAAGAACAGAAGGGUAUUUUAAACUCGGAGGAUCAUAUAACGGCACUCGCCAUUCAAGAAGAACUCGUUGACAAAAAAUUCAUCGUUCCAGAAACAUCGGCAGGGAAGGAACUACGGGUCACCCUUCGUGAAGUUCUUGAAUACGAAAAGAAAUACUUGGAAUUGGCCAAAAGGGACGGUGAUGAGGAUGAAGAAACAAAACAGGAACUCCAGAACGCCUUGGAGCAGAUAAGAAAACUCUCUAAGCAGCUGGAACAGCUAAAAGUUCCAUUGGGUCGCAGAUUAUUAUCCAUCUUACGCUGA